CUCUACAUAUAUCUUGCUUUGACUGUGCUGUGUAAGAUUAUGUGUUAUGCUGAGCGAUUGUCUCCUUUAGCAUUUAGGUAUAAAAAGUAAAUAAAUAAGUAAAUUACACGAAUGUCUGCUGACAUGACUGGCAGAAAGUUCAGGGCCUUAGUGGGUCUCAUGAAGGUUCCGGAGCGCGAGCUUAUGGGCGAUAUUUUAUUGCGCGAGAGCUCUGAACCUUCGCUUCCCGUUCACGUGAGUAUCGGUAAAUUUAUCCGUUUGGAUGACGGCCAGUAUAUCGAUACAGAGGACCGAGAUAAAGCUGUUAAGCGACGACAGCUUGCAAACGCAAAGGAGAGAUUGCGGGUGAGGAGCCUGAACAGCAUGUUUUCAUACCUUCGGCGUAUUGUGCCAGUGAUGCCACGAGACCGAAAGCCUAGUAAAGUGGACAUGCUGAAGGCUGCGACUGAGUACAUCCGGCUCCUGUCAGCAGUGCUCAAUCACACCUCUUCCACUAGUAAUGGGAAUGCAGAUGUUUUGAUGGAGACUGGAAUCAACUACUCCAGCUUGGAGACUGACUGUUCUGAUCUCUGGAACAUGGAGGAUGUCCUGGAGUCGACGUCAAAUCCCUUUCUGUCUGAGGGUGUGAGUGUGGCCGCCCCACUGGUCACUAUGGCAACAGGAGCAGAUGAUGACAUUGAUCUCAACAACAUGACGGUGCAGUGUGUCGUGCCAAUGUACAUUGUUCAGGUUGGCUCGGAACAAACUGUGGUAGCAAGCACACUCUCGUCUACGGUGUCUUAGCUUGACACCUUUUGGUGCCUCGUACCUUUGACCAAUAUGUUUUUGUUUUUUUUUUCCCUGUUUUUGAAUUUUCACUUUAUGCCGUUCGUGCCCUUUGUCUCCAAUAUUAGUAAUAUUACUAAAAUGACAACCAAGAUGAGGAUUGAUGGUUGAUCUUGAUAUUGAGCUGUCAUGAGAUUUAUUUUCUCAGUGCAAACUCCUAUAAAUAUGGGAGAAAAUGCAUAUAAAGUUUGUCUUAUUUGCUUUGUUCACUAAUGUGAAUAAAUUAUAAAUAGUCAUCUUAAUGUUUUCACAGUUUUUACAGAAUGAGUGUUUUCAACAUGAACACCAUAA